CCGAGUGCCUUAGCGACAGCAGCAGGGGGAGCCGCAGGUGAAAGGGGGGCGGGGUGCAGCCCUCGGGACCGGGGCGGCGGGUUCACGUCCCGGGUGGGAUGCGGUGACGUCUCUGCGCGACCAUGGCAGCGGCGGACCAGCUGGUCUUCCGCGAGUUCGAGGAAGCCACGAUUCUGCUGGCUGAGCCCACAGAUGAGGUGGUCAAUGGCCCCAGCGUCCUCGUGGCCCCCCAGGGGCACGUGACUGUGACCGUGGACUCGGGAGGUGGCGGCUAUGGAGUUGAGGACGAGGAAGGCGACAAGGUGGCGCUCCUGCAGGAGGAGAAGCCUGAGGCGGGCUUCUGGACCUUUGACUUCUAUCAGAGCUUCUUCGACGUGGACACCUCGCAGGUUCUGGACCGCAUCAAAGGCUCCCUGCUGCCCUGGCCUGGCCAGAACUUCGUGCGUCACCGGCUGCGGAAUCGGCCCGACCUGUAUGGCCCCUUCUGGAUUUGUGCCACCCUGGCCUUUGUCCUGGCGGCCAGCGGGAACCUGACCCUGGUGCUGGCCCAGCGCAGGGAUCCCAGCAUCCACUACAGCCCCCAGUUCCACAAAGUGACCGUGGCCGGCGUGACCAUCUACUGCUACGCGUGGCUGGUGCCGCUGGCGCUUUGGGGCGUCCUGCGCUGGCGCCAGGGCGUGCAAGAGCGCAUGGGGGGCUACACCUUCCUGGAGACCGUCUGCCUCUACAGCUACUCACUCUCGGCCUUCGUGCCCACCGUGGUGCUGUGGCUCAUCCCGGUGCCGUGGCUGCAGUGGGUCUUUGGAGCGCUGGCGCUGGCGCUGUCCACGGCGGGCCUGGUGUUCACGCUCUGGCCCGUGGUGCGCCAGGAUACGCGCCUGGCAGCAGCAAUGCUCCUGGCCUCGGUCAUACUCCUGCAUACGCUGCUGGCCGUGGGCUGCAAGUAUUACUUCUUCGAGCCCCUGCCCCCGGAGCAGAAGGCCGUGCCCUCCUCCGUGCCCUCCACCACCGCUGCAGCGCAGCUGCCAUCCAUCCUUCCGACACCCCACGGCAUCUAGCGGCCCCAAG